AUGAAGCGGGACGUGCAGAAUUACUAUCGGGGACUCAGGGAUAAAAUAAAGGAUGCUGAUGCUCAAUUAUUUGUGGCACAAUUAGAUAGAAAGAAAGAGGCAAAUUCUGCCUUCUUUUAUGAUUUUGUUGUGGAUGAGCAUGGAAAGUUACGCUACAUUUUCUGGGCAGAUGCUACAAGUAGAAAGAAUUAUAGUCAUUUUGGUGAUUUGGUGUCGUUUGAUGCAACAUACAGCACAAACCAAUAUAAUAUGAUAUUUGCUCCUUUUACUGGUGUGAACCAUCAUAUGCAAAGUAUUUUCUUUGGAGCUGCUUUCCUUGUAAAUGAGAAGAUUGAGUCAUAUGAGUGGUUGUUUCGUACUUUUCUUGAGGCAAUGGGAGGAAAAGCACCAAGGCUUAUCAUAACAGAUGAAGAUGCUAGUAUGAAAUCAGCAAUUAGAACAAUUCUCCCAGAUACAAUUCAUAGGUUCUGCAUGUGGCACAUUAUGGAGAAGUUUUCUGAGAAGGUUGGUCCUCCCAUAAAUCAUGAUAAGGAUUUUUGGGCUGCUUUGAACAAUUGUGUAUGGGGUUCAGAAACUAGAGAGGAGUUCGAGAUGCGGUGGAAUUCUCUCAUAAUCGCUUAUGGUCUUGAGCGCAAUGAGUGGUUGGCUAACAGAUAUCAAAUUCGAGAGUCAUGGAUUCCAGCAUUCUUUAUGGAAAUAUCUCUUGCAGGAGUCCUAAGAACUACUUCAAGAGAGAUUUUGUAUGAUGAUGAAGGCAAUGUAUUGGACGAGAAGCCAAAAGAUCCUAUUGAAGUGGAAAAAAGGAAAAAGAUAGCAAUGGUGCGAAACAAGGUUGAAGAUGCUAUUCAAAAAGCAAAGAGUUCGAAUGAUGCUAUGAAUUUCUUACUUUCAAGUGUCUUGAAUAUAGAUGCUUCUUUGGGCAAUAUGAUACUUAGUGCUGUGCCACAAAGACAAGAGGAAUAUGAGAAUUUUGUUGGUUGUGAAAUUCCUGAAGAAAUACAAAUACAUCCGCCAAAUGAUGUUCGAUCAAAGGGAAGGUGUAAAAGAAUUAAGAGGGCUAAAGAACUACCGAAGCCUCGUAAAGGAAACAAUGCAAAGAAGUUGAUGAAGGAGGCACUUCAGUAG